AACAGGGAAGAAGCUUCCAAGCCUGUGACUCUUUUACAGCAGCACAAUAGACAACACGUGUUAGGUUUAACACAACUCAUAUUUUUGUGGAAAUCAUUUUUGGCAAUGAUGUAACCUGCAAAGGAGAACCAAAGGACAAAACCCGAUUAAGAGUGAAACAGACAUUUGACUUCCUGAGAGAAUGUCGGGUGAUUUUGAGGAAAUCAGAACCACUGAAACAAGUCUAUCUGAGGGCCAAUGUAAACAUCAAAGAGAAAAUGAGGAAAGACCAAAUUCUCCUGAAACCAGCUGUGUGUCCUUUAAGAGUGACCAGUCUAAGCCACUCUCUAUCAACUUUAAAGAGGGAACAGGUUCUCAAGAAAGAGGAACUGAAGAAAGACCAAAUUCUCCUUUAUCCAGCUGUGUGUCCUAUAAGAGUGACCAGUCUAAGCCACUCUCUAUCAACUUUAAAGAGGGAACAGGUUCUCAGGAAAGAGGAACUGAGGAAAGACGAAGUUCUCCUGUAGCCAGCUGUGUGUCUUUUAAGAGUGAUCAGUCCAAGCCACUUUCUAUCAACUUUAAAGAGGGAACAGCCUCCCAGGAAAUUGCACUUUCCUCCUCGUUAAAGGUGGACCAGCCUCUCAGGGGAACUGAUGAAAGGCCAAAGUCUCCUGUAUCCAAAUGUCUUUCCUUGAAGAGCAACCAAUCAAAGCCACUAUCUAUCAACUUUAAUGAGAGAACAGACUCCCAGGAGAGACAAAAUUCCUCCCCAGCUAGACAGCUAAAGAAUACGCCUAGUACUGACAAAACAACAGGGAUACAUUCCAAGGAAAGAAAUCAUUGUGAGUCUGAAGCUACUGUGAAAACUGCCAAAUUAGAAAAGAAGAUUACAGACUUUCUCUACAACAUCUUCAAUGAUCUCGAAAAUAAAAUGACUGUAUUUAUAAAACAUGAGCUUGAGAUGUUUAAGAAAUUUCUGAGAAAAGAAAACACAAAAUAUUAUGGAGAUGUGAGGGAUGAUCUGUGGAGUAUUAAAGAAGCAACUCUUGAUAUGGCGUUAUACUUUUUGAAGAUGAUGGAUCACGGUGACCUUGCUGAUGCACUCCAAGAUGCGCUAAUAGGAAUCCAGCAGCGUGCACUCAAAUCAAACCUGUGUAAGAAGUAUAAUCGUGUAUGUGAAGGAAUUGCAAAGCAAGGAGAGUCCAACAUUCUUAACAAGAUCUACACAGAUCUGUACAUCACAGCUGGUGGAAGUGGACAAAUAAAAGAAGAACAUGAGGUGAGACAAAUCGAAAAGCAAAAAACGAGUGUGAAAAAUGAGAAAAAUCAGAUGGAGCAAGAGGAACAAAUUGAAUGUAAGAACAUGUUCGAACCGUUAUCUGAAGAAGACAAACGCAUCAGGACUGUGGUGACGCAGGGGGUCGCUGGCAUCGGAAAAUCCAUCUGUGUGCAGAAGUUUGUUCUAGACUGGGCUGAAGGGAAAGAAUAUCAGGACAUCAAGUUCAUAUUUCCACUGCCUUUCAGAGAGCUGAACCUGAAGGAGAAGAAAGAGCGCAGUUUGAGGGAAAUCAUCUAUCAUUUUUUCCCAGAAGCAAAAGGACUGAGAUUCACAGAUAGGUAUAAAGUCAUGUUCAUCUUUGAUGGCCUGGAUGAGUGUCGACUUCCUCUGACUUUCCUUGAAAAUGUGAAGUUGACUGAUGCAUCAAUGGGAGCUUCACUGGACACUAUAGUGACAAACCUCAUUGAAGGAAACCUGCUUCCGUCUGCUCUGAUCUGGAUAACCACUCGACCAGCAGCAGCUGGUAAGAUCCCUGCUGAACAUGUGGACCGGAUCACAGAGGUGCGUGGCUUCAAUGAUGUACAAAAAGUGGAAUACUUCAGAAAGAAAAUCAGCGAUGAGAGUCUGGCCAACAGAAUCAUCGAUCAUAUUAAAGGAUCAAGAAGCCUCUUCAUCAUGUGUCAUAUUCCAGUCUUCUGCUGGAUUUCAGCUACCGUACUUGAGGGGAUUUUGGGAGGAACAGACAGUGAAGACAUUCCACAGACUCUGACGGAGAUGUACACAUGCUUUCUGAUCUUUCAGACUGUACAGGGGGACAAGAAAUACAAUAGAAAGUGUGUCUCAGAUAUUCCGUGGGAUAAAGAGGGAAUUCUUUCACUGGGAAAGCUUGCCUUUAGUCACCUGGAAAAAAACAACUUGAUAUUCUAUGAACAAGAUCUAAACGACUGUGGAAUUGACCCCAAUAACAUAAAGGUGUACUCAGGAGUGUGCACUCAGGAAACGAGCAGAUUUCUAGGCACGGUUUUCAGCUUUGUGCAUCUCAGCAUUCAGGAGUUCAUUGCUGCUUUAUUUACAUACGUAAGUCACCGAAAUGAAAACAAGAAUGUUUUUGAGCAACCAGAAGAGAGUAAAGAAACAAAAGAAAUCGAUUUGCUCAAGAUUACAGUGGACAAAGCUUUGGAGAGUGACAAAGGACACUUGGAUCUUUUCCUCCGCUUCCUUCUGGGCCUCUCAGUGGAGUCUAAUCAGAAGCUCAUUCGAGGUCUGCUGACACACAGAGGAAGCAGCUCUGAUUGUCAGAAGGACAUAGUUGAUCACAUCAAGACCAAACUUGAAGAAAAUCCAUCUCCUGAGAGAUCAAUCAAUCUGUUCUACUGUCUGAAGGAGUUAAAUGAUGAUUCACUAGUGAAAGAGAUCCAAAGCUACAUGAGCUCAGGACGUCUCUCUGAAGCUGAUCUCUCACCUGCUCGGUGGUCUGCUCUGGUCUUUGUGUUGCUGACAUCAGAGGAGGAUCUGGAAGUGUUUGAGCUACAGAAGUUCAUAAAGUCAGAUGAAUGCUUUAAGAGACUGCUACCAGUCGUCCGGGAAGCCACAACAGCUCUGCUCAGCGAGUGUAACCUGACAGAGAGAAGCUGCUCGGCUUUACACACAGUUCUCAGCUCAGAAUCCUCCAAGCUGACUGAGGUGGAUCUGAGCAGUAAUACUCUGGAGGACUCAGGAGUGAAGCUGCUUUGUGCUGGACUGAAGAGUCCAAACUGUAAGCUGGAGAAACUGAGACUUUCAGAUUGUAAUAUAACAGAGGAAGGAUACGCUGCUCUGGCUGAAGCUCUGAAAUCAAACCUUUCAUCAAACUUGAUAGAGCUGGAUCUCAGAGGGAACGACCCUGGAACAUCAGGAGUGAAGCUGCUCACUGAUGUACUACAGGAUCAAAACUGUAAACUGAGCACAUUGAGGCUGCUGAAAAGUGCUGAUGCAGAGAAGGCCUGUGAUUUUCUGAAUGAGGUUCUGGGUAAAAACCCCUUACUGCAGAGAGAACUGGAUCUGAGUGGAAAAAUAAAAGGAGAUUCAGGAGUGAAGCAGCUCUCUGUUCUACUGGAGGAUUCACACUGCAGACCUGAGAGACUCAUGCUAAAGAACUGUGGUAUUACAGAAAAAGGCUGUUCUUCUUUGACUUCAUCUUUUCAAUUAAAUCCUGUACACAUAAAAGAGAUGGAUCUGAGUGAAAAUAAACUUAGAAACUCUGGAGUGCAGGAGCUUUGUGCACUACUGAAACAUCAGCCCUGUAACCUGCAGAUACUGAGACUUUCAGACUGCAGUAUAACACAGGAGGGAUACAGAGAUCUGGCUGAAGCUCUGAAAUCAUCACACCUGAUAGAGCUGGAUCUCAGAGGGAACGACCCUGGAGCAUCAGGAGUGAAGCUGCUCACUGAUGUACUACAGGAUCCACACUGUACACUGAAGACACUGAGACUGUUGAAAAGUCCUGAAGCAGAGAAAGCCUGUAAAUAUCUGACUGAAGUUUUAGGUACAACCCCCUUACUGCAGAGAGAACUGGAUCUGAGUGGAAAAAUAAAAGGAGACUCAAGAGUGAAGCGGGUCUCUGUUCUACUGAAGGAUCCACACUGCAGACCUGAGAAACUUACACUUACAGAAUGUGGACUAAUGAUGGAAAGCUGUCAAUCUCUGGCUGAAGUUCUCAGUUCACCCCCCUGUUUUCUAACUGAAUUGGACUUGAGUAACAACAACCUACAGAAUUCAGGCGUCCAGCAAUUAUCUGAAGGACUGAAGAAUCAAAGCUGUGUUCUGAAGAUAUUAAGACUUUCAGACUGCAGUAUAACAGAGGAAGGAUACGCUGCUCUGGCUGAAGCUCUGAAAUCAUCACACCUGAUAGAGCUGGAUCUCAGAGGGAACGACCCUGGAGCAUCAGGAGUGAAGCUGCUCACUGAUGCACUACAGGAUCCACACUGUACACUGAAGACACUGAGUUUGUUGAAAAGUCCUGCUGCACAAGAGGCCUGUACCUGGCUAGAUUCUGUUUUAGGUAAAAAUUCUUUACUCCAGAAAGAGCUGGAUCUGAGCAUGAUGGAAACAGGAGAUUCGGGAGUGGAGAAGCUCUCGGCUCUACUGGAAGACUCACAUUGUAAAUUUCAGAAAAUUAGGCUGAAUAAAUGUAACCUGACUGAGGAGAGCUGUUCAGCUUUAGCCAGCGUUCUCAACUUAAAGUCCUGUAGUGUGAGAGAGCUGGACCUGAGCAACAACAGUCUGCAGGAUUCAGGAGUCACUCGGCUUUCUGCUGGACUGAAGAGUCCUCAGUGUAAACUGGAGAUUCUGACGCUUAGCAUGUGUGGUUUAUUGGAGGAAAGCUGUUCAGCUCUAGCUGAAGUUCUAAAGUAUUCCCAGCUGAGAGAGCUGGACCUGAGCAACAACAGUCUGCAGGAUUCAGGAGUCACUCGGCUUUCUGCUGGACUGAAGAGUCCUCAGUGUAAACUGGAGAUUCUGAGGCUCAAAACAUGUCUCAUAUCUGCUGGAAGUUGUUCAGCUCUUGCGGAAGUUCUCAGCUCUGAGUAUUCCCAGCUGAGAGAGCUGGACCUGAGCAACAACAGUCUGCAGGAUUCAGGAGUCACUCAGCUUUCUGCUGGACUGAAGACUCCACAGUCUCGACUCACAAUAAUCAGACUGUGUAACUGCAGUGUAGAAGCUGAAGGCUGUGCUGCUUUGGCUACAGCUCUGGAAGAAAACCCCUCACAUCUCUUGGAGCUGGAUCUGAGCGAGAAUAAGGCAGGAGACUCGGGAAUGAAGCAGAUCUCUAAUCUACUACAGAAUUCACUCUGUGUUCUACAAAAACUCAAUGUAACUGACAAUAAUAUAACAGAGGAAGGAUACGCUGCUCUGGCUGAAGCUCUGAAAUCAUCACACCUGAUAGAGCUGGAUCUCAGAGGGAACGACCCUGGAGCAUCAGGAGUGAAGCUGCUCACUGAUGUACUACAGGAUCCACACUGUACACUGGAGACACUGAGGUUGUUGAAAAGUCGUGCUGCACAGGAAGGCUAUGAGUUACUUUAUAGAGUUCUGAAUAAGAACCCCUUGCUGCAGAGAGAACUCGAUGUGAGUGAGAAAAUAAACGGAGACUCUGAGGUGAAGCAGCUCUCUGCUCUACUGCAGGAUUCACACUGCAGACCUGAGAUACUCAAGGUAAAUAACGUCAGGAUGAGAAAUGAAGGUUGUGCUGCUCUGGCAUCAGCGCUGAGUUUAAACCCCUCACACCUGAGACAGCUGGAGCUGAGUGGGAAUACACUGAGAGGAUCAGGAAUGAAGGAGCUCUGUGGUGUGCUGAAGAAUCAACAAUUCAAACUGCUGAAACUGGGGUUGUGUAAGUGCAGUCUCACUGAGGAAGAUUGUACUGCUGUUGUAUCAGCUCUGAGAACAAACCCCUCACUCCUCAAGGAGCUGGACCUGAGUGAGAACACAAUUGGAAACACAGGAGUGAAGGAGCUCUCGGAUCUACUGCAGAACCCAAACUGCACUCUGGAGAAACUGAAACUGAGUAAUUGUAGUCUCACCCAAACACAAUGUGGAGACCUGGCUAAGGCUCUGGAAUGUAACUCCUCAUCACAUCUGAAAGAGCUGGACCUCAGAGGGAACUACAGUGUGUCAAGAUGGAAUAUUUUUAGUUAUUUUCUAGGGAAUUCAAACUCUAAACUGAUUGUGAGAAUCUUGAGUCCUGAAGCAGAAAAGGCCUGUGAUUUUCUGACUAAAGUUCUGGGUACAAACCCCUUACUGCAGAGAGAACUGGAUCUGAGUGGGAAAAUAUCCGGAGACUCAGAGGUGAAGCAGCUCUCUGUUCUACUGAAGGAUCGGCAGUGUAGAACUGAGAAACUCAGGCUGAGUAAGAGCGGUAUUACAGAGAGAGGCUGUACUGAUCUGAUAUCAGCUCUUACUGCAAACCCUUCACACCUGACAGAGCUGGACCUGAGUGAGAACACACUGGGAAAGACAGGAGUGGAGAAGAUCUCUACUCUACUAAAGAGUUCAUCCUGCAAACUCCAGAAGCUUGUACUUUCAGACUGUAAUAUAACAGAGAAAGGAUACACUGCUCUGGCUAAAGCUCUGAAGUCAAACCGCUCAUCACACCUGAUAAACCUGGACCUCAGAGGGAACGACCCUGGAGCAUCAGGAAUGAAGGAGAUUAGGAGUUUGAUGAAUGAUACAGAAUGUAAACUGACACUGAGGUUGCUGAAAAGUCCUGAUGCACAGAAAGCUUAUGAUCAUCUGAGAGAAGUUCUGGGUAUAAACCCGAUACUGCAGACGGAUCUGGAUCUGAGUGGGAAAAUAGAAGGAGACUCAGGAGUAGAGCAACUCUCUGCUUUACUGAAGGAUCUACUGAAGGAUCCACACUGCAGACCUGAAAAACUUCAGCUCAGUGAGUGUAAUCUGACAGAGAAAGGAUGUUCAGCUCUGCUCACAGCUCUCAGAUCAGAAUCCUCCACCCUGAGGGAGCUGAAUCUGAGUAAGAACAGGAUUCAGGAUUCAGGAGUGAAGCUGCUCUCUGCAGUACUGAAGAAUAAAGACUGUAAACUGGAGACUGUGAGACUUUCAGACUGUAAUAUAACAGAGAAAGGAUACACUGCUCUGACUAAAGCUCUGAAGUCAAACCGCUCAUCACACCUGAUGAACCUGGACCUCAGAGGGAACGACCCUGGAGACUCAGGAAUGAAGGAGAUUAGGAGUUUGAUGAAUGAUACAGAAUGUAAACUGACACUGAGGUUGCUGAAAAGUCCUGAUGCACAGAAAGCUUGUGAUCAUCUGAGAGAAGUUCUGGGUAUAAACCCGAUACUGCAGACGGAUCUGGAUCUGAGUGGGAAAAUAGAAGGAGACUCAGGAGUAGAGCAACUCUCUGCUUUACUGAAGGAUCUACUGAAGGAUCCACACUGCAGACCUGAAAAACUUCAGCUCAGUGAGUGUAAUCUGACAGAGAAAGGAUGUUCAGCUCUGCUCACAGCUCUCAGAUCAGAAUCCUCCACCCUGAGGGAGCUGAAUCUGAGUAGGAACAGGAUUCAGGAUUCAGGAGUGAAGCUGCUCUCUGCAGUACUGAAGAAUAAAGACUGUAAACUGGAGACUGUGAGACUUUCAGACUGCAGUAUAACAGAGGAAGGAUACGCUGCUCUGGCUGAAGCUCUGAAAUCAUCACACCUGAUAGAGCUGGAUCUCAGAGGGAACGACCCUGGAGACUCAGGAAUGACGGAGAUUAGGAGUUUGAUGAAUGAUACAGAAUGUAAACUGACACUGAGGUUGCUGAAAAGUCCUGAUGCACAGAAAGCUUAUGAUCAUCUGAGUGAAGUUCUGGGUAUAAACCCGAUACUGCAGACGGAUCUGGAUCUGAGUGGGAAAAUAGAAGGAGACUCGGGAGUAGAGCAACUCUCUGCUUUACUGAAGGAUCCACACUGCAGACCUGAAAAACUUCAGCUCAGUGAGUGUAAUCUGACAGAGAAAGGAUGUUCAGCUCUGCUCACAGCUCUCAGAUCAGAAUCCUCCACCCUGAGGGAGCUGAAUCUGAGUAAGAACAGGAUUCAGGAUUCAGGAGUGAAGCUGCUCUCUGCAGUACUGAAGAAUAAAGACUGUAAACUGGAGACUGUGAGGCUCAGCGAGUGUAACCUGACAGAGAGAAGCUGCUCGGCUUUACACACAGUUCUCAGCUCAGAAUCCUCCAAGCUGACUGAGGUGGAUCUGAGCAGUAAUCCUCUGGAGGACUCAGGAGUGAAGCUGCUUUGUGCUGGACUGAAGAGUCCAAACUGUAACCUGGAGAAACUGAGACUUUCAGAUUGUAAUAUAACAGAGGAAGGAUACGCUGCUCUGGCUGAAGCUCUGAAAUCAUCACACCUGAUAGAGCUGGAUCUCAGAGGGAACGACCCUGGAGCAUCAGGAGUGAAGCUGCUCACUGAUGUACUACAGGAUCCACACUGUACACUGGAGACACUGAGACUGUUGAAAAGUGCUGAAGCAGAGGAAGCCUGUAAAUAUCUGACUGAAGUUUUAGGUACAACCCCCUUACUGCAGAGAGAACUGGAUCUGAGUGGAAAAAUAUCUGGAGACUCAAGAGUGAAGCAGCUCUCUGUUCUACUGAAGGAUCCACACUGCAGACCUGAGAGACUUACACUUUCAGACUGCAGUAUAACAGAGGAAGGAUACGCUGCUCUGGCUGAAGCUCUGAAAUCAUCACACCUGAUAGAGCUGGAUCUCAGAGGGAACGACCCUGGAGCAUCAGGAGUGAAGCUGCUCACUGAUGUACUACAGGAUCCACACUGUACACUGGAGACACUGAGUUUAUUGAAAAGUCCUGCUGCACAAGAGGCCUGUACCUGGCUAGAUUCUGUUUUAGGUAAAAAUUCUUUACUCCAGAAAGAGCUGGAUCUGAGCAUGAUGGAAACAGGAGACUCGGGAGUGGAGAAGCUCUCGGCUCUACUGGAAGACUCACAUUGUAAAUUUCAGAAAAUUAGGCUGAAUAAAUGUAACCUGACUGAGGAGAGCUGUUCAGCUUUAGCCAGCGUUCUCAACUUAAAGUCCUGUAGUGUGAGAGAGCUGGACCUGAGCAACAACAGUCUGCAGGAUUCAGGAGUCACUCGGCUUUCUGCUGGACUGAAGAGUCCUCAGUGUAAACUGGAGAUUCUGAGGCUCAAAACAUGUCUCAUAACUGCUGGAAGCUGUUCAGCUCUUGCGGAAGUUCUCAGCUCUGAGUAUUCCCAGCUGAGAGAGCUGGACCUGAGCAACAACAGUCUGCAGGAUUCAGGAGUCACUCAGCUUUCUGCUGGACUGAAGACUCCACAGUCUCGACUCACAAUAAUCAGACUGUGUAACUGCAGUGUAGAAGCUGAAGGCUGUGCUGCUUUGGCUACAGCUCUGGAAGAAAACCCCUCACAUCUCUUGGAGCUGGAUCUGAGCGAGAAUAAAGCAGGAGACUCGGGAAUGAAGCAGAUCUCUAAUCUACUACAGAAUUCACUCUGUGUCCUACAAAAACUCAAUGUAACUGACAAUAAUAUAACAGAGGAAGGAUACGCUGCUCUGGCUGAAGCUCUGAAAUCAUCACACCUGAUAGAGCUGGAUCUCAGAGGGAACGACCCUGGAGCAUCAGGAGUGAAGCUGCUCACUGAUGUACUACAGGAUCCACACUGUACACUGGAGACACUGAGGUUGUUGAAAAGUCCUGCUGCACAGGAAGGCUAUGAGUUACUUUAUAGAGUUCUGAAUAAGAACCCCUUGCUGCAGAGAGAACUCGAUGUAAGUGAGAAAAUAAACGGAGACUCUGAGGUGAAGCAGCUCUCUGCUCUACUGCAGGAUUCACACUGCAGACCUGAGAUACUCAAGGUAAAUAACGUCAGGAUGAGAAAUGAAGGUUGUGCUGCUCUGGCAUCAGCGCUGAGUUUAAACCCCUCACACCUGAGACAGCUGGAGCUGAGUGGGAAUACACUGAGAGGAUCAGGAAUGAAGGAGCUCUGUGGUGUGCUGAAGAAUCAACAAUUCAAACUGCUGAAACUGGGGUUGUGUAAGUGCAGUCUCACUGAGGAAGAUUGUGCUGCUGUUGUAUCAGCUCUGAGAACAAACCCCUCACUCCUCAAGGAGCUGGACCUGAGUGAGAACACAAUUGGAAACACAGGAGUGAAGGAGCUCUCGGAUCUACUGCAGAACCCAAACUGCACUCUGGAGAUACUGAAACUGAGUAAAUGUAGUCUCAUCCAAACACAAUGUGGAGACCUGGCUAAGGCUCUGGAAUGUAACUCCUCAUCACAUCUGAAAGAGCUGGACCUCAGAGGGAACUACAGUGUGUCAAGAUGGGAUAUUUUUAGUUAUUUUCUAUGGAAUUCAAACUCUAAACUGAUUGUGGGAAUCUUGAGUCCUGAAGCAGAAAAGGCCUGUGAUUUUCUGACUAAAGUUCUGGGUACAAACCCGUUACUGCAGAGAGAACUGGAUCUGAGUGGGAAAAUAUCCGGAGACUCAGAGGUGAAGCAGCUCUCUGUUCUACUGAAGGAUCGGCAGUGUAGAACUGAGAAACUCAGGCUGAGUAAGAGCGGUAUUACAGAGAGAGGCUGUACUGAUCUGAUAUCAGCUCUUACUGCAAACCCUUCACACCUGACAGAGCUGGACCUGAGUGAGAACACACUGGGAAAUCCAGGAGUGGAGAAGAUCUCUACUCUACUAAAGAGUUCAUCCUGCAAACUCCAGAAGCUUGUACUUUCAGACUGUAAUAUAACAGAGAAAGGAUACACUGCUCUGACUAAAGCUCUGAAGUCAAACCGCUCAUCACACCUGAUGAACCUGGACCUCAGAGGGAACGACCCUGGAGCAUCAGGAGUGAAACUACUCACUGAUUACAAAGCUAACAAACUGACACUGAGGUUGUUGAAAAGUGCUGAUGCAGAGGAAGCCUACAAGUGUCUUACUGACAUUUUCAGAAGAAACCCCUUACUGCACACGGAGCUGGAUCUGAGCAACAACACACCUGAACACGUCAAAGUGAAGCAUCUCUCGGCUCUGCUGCAGGAUCCACAUUACAGACUGCAGAAACUCACGUUGUAUAAAGAAGGCAGUAUUACAGAAGAUGACUGUUCACAUCUGACUUCUGCUCUGGUUUUAAAUCCUUCACACCUGAGAGCGUUGGAUCUGAACAGGAAUAAAGCAGGAGAGUCUGGAGUGAGAAAUCUGUGUGAUUUCCUGAAGAAUCCUAAAUGUAACCUGCAGAAACUAAAAUUAUGGAACAGUGUAAAUGAGAAAUCCUGCACUGAUUUGGUUCCAGCUCUCUGUACAAAUCCAUCACACAUCAGAGAGCUGGAUCUGAGUCUGUGUAGACUAGGAGACUCAGGAGUGGAGAAGCUCUGUGAUCUACUGAAGAAACACGAGUGUAAACUGGAGACACUGCGGUUAAAGAAGUGCAGUAUAACAGAUAGAGGCUGUGCUUCUCUGACUGCAGCUCUGAGGUCCAACUCCUCACAUCUGAAAGAGCUGGAUCUGAGAGAGAAUCAACUAAAUGAUUCAGUCACAAAGCAGCUCUCUGAGAUACUGAAGAGUUCAGGAGGAAAGCUGAUAUGUGACAAGCCCACAGCGACAACAAAACGGUGGAAUUUAUUUUCUGGUAGUAAGUCUGAUGAACAGCCGAUUUCGGAUCCUGACUCCUCUACAGUGAAGAAUAAACAAAGAGAUGGAAAAAUGCAAGACACUCAACAGGGAGAAAGCAGCGUAGACAGUUUAGGAAGCAAUGUGGACUAGGGUAGUUAUUGGACAAUCACGGACAGAAGAAGCCCAGAGACUUCAGGCAGUUUCAUAACGUUGGAGAACAGUAUAGUAGUAUGCUUGUCACAAACACAAGUAAUAACAAGUUCUUUAGCUCAUGGGUUUACCUGUUUUCUCUGUCUCUCUCUCUCCCACCUUUUCUUGUCUCCUCAACAACCCUUAUCACAGGAAUGUGUCUUUCUCUCAUAGUUUCUCUUAUCUUGCACGUGCUAUGGGAUGUACUAAUGAUCCACCAUUUUACCUUGAACAAUGAGCACACUGUUGCUGAGGCACAUGAUUGUCUGAUAUAUAUAUUCUCAUCUUUUUGAAUAAACUGUGAGAGACUUUGCUAUUUGA